CUUUCCAUCCAGGUUUCUGUACAGACGUUGAGGCAUCAUCCUCCCUGCGUUUGUCUGCGGGCGUUUUUUGCGGGGGAACGGAUCUGCAGGAUUGAGCUGAGGCACUUGUUUUUGGGGGGAGGACCUCUAGUAUGAGAACUUCCAUUCCAGCUCUUUUGAUUUAUUUCAUUCUCACAUUUGAUCAUUUUCUUCAUUUUGACCAUCCGACCUCAUUGUUUCGCCCUCAUUUUUCUGCUGCUGUCACCCACAGUUUGUUGCUCACCACCACCAGCAUCAGCUGAAAGGGGAAUAUCUCACCAUUCCACCACCAGCCAUCCUCGUACUUUUCUCUGCCGCUGCUCUGGAUUUUGGCGUGCAUUGCUGGACAAUAACGCAGAGGGAUUUAUAUUUGUAUUGAUUUCCAUCUAAAGCCUGGCGCACAGCGGACACCACCACUUUUUCUCUCUGAGGGAUGUAUAACAGAGGGUUGAAACCUUGCGCCCUGAACAGGGGAGAAUAUUAACGCAGAGUGCGUUGAAUGAACUACUGCCGUGCGCCUUUGGCUUUCGGAGCAGGUCUCUGACCUGGAGAUGCUCUGAUCGGGGUUUUUGGUUCGUGCGCAUCCCCACUGGAUCGGGAUAUAAGGUGAAGAAAUUUCGGUCGGCUCUCUCUGGAGCGCUUGUCUUCUGAUUUCUUUUUGAAUGGACAUACACAGUCGGGGUUUUUUUUGAGACGGAUUGUGCACCCAACCCGGAGGCGCGCAGACUAACCAUGGGGGACUCGAUGUGGAGAUAUUAUUUCGGAGUGUUGUUUAUUGCCUUCAAAGUGGACUUGUGCCGGGCGCUCAUCCUGGAGUCCAUCUACUGGAACACAACAAACACCAAAUUCGUGCCAGGCCAAGGUGUGGUAUUGUACCCCCAGAUUGGGGAUAAAUUGGACAUUGUGUGCCCUCGUGUGGAUGGUGGGAUCAGCGAUGGUGUGGAGUAUUACAAGGUGUACAUGGUGCCCAGGGAGCAGCUGGAGAGCUGCACCAUCACCAAGGCUGACACACCACUCCUCAACUGCGUUAAGCCUGACCAGGAUGUCAAGUUCACCCUCAAGUUUCAGGAGUUCAGCCCCAAUCUGUGGGGACUGGAGUUCUUUAGAGGGAAAGACUACUACAUCAUCUCAACAUCUAAUGGCACCAUGGAGGGCAUCGACAACCAGGAAGGGGGAGUGUGCAAGACCAAGUCCAUGAAGAUAAUCAUGAAAGUGGGACAAAAUCCCUCUGACCCUAUUUCACCCAAAGACAACCCUACCAGAGUACCGUACCCUCCCAAGCACUCAGAUGGCAAGGAGAUUUACAACCCUAAUGACGUUCUGGAGAAACCAGAUGUAGCGUCCAGAGAAAGCAACGAUAACAACGGAAACGGUGGAAAGUCCUCCAGUGUAAUCGACUCUGAGGUAGCCAUCUUUAUUGGCAUUGCCUCAGGUAGCGUCAUCUUUAUCAUCAUCAUCAUCAUGCUGGUCUUGCUGCUGCUCAAGUACCGGCGGCGGCACCGCAAACACUCCCCGCAGCAUGCGGCCACAUUGUCUCUAAGUACCCUGGCCACACCUAAACGGAGUGGAGGUGGUGGAAACAAUAACGGCUCAGAACCCAGCGACAUCAUCAUUCCGCUCAGGACUGCUGACAGCGUCUUCUGCCCGCACUAUGAGAAGGUCAGCGGCGACUAUGGACACCCAGUAUACAUAGUUCAGGAGAUGCCGCCUCAGAGCCCGGCCAAUAUCUAUUAUAAAGUCUGAGGUGAAACUUUUAAAAGCGGGAACUGGAACAAUCCACGGGCAGAGCGGGUUUUUGGUUUCGGCAGGCACCGCUGGCACACCCGCCAACGAACACUCUCGCUCUUUGUCUCUCUGUCUCUCUCACUCUGGCAACUCCUACCCCUCUUCUCUCAUGUUUUGUCACUAUUUUUUUCCCUCAAAGUUUUGCUCGUACCCUGUCACUGGUUCAGUCACAAUCGGUGUGGACAGGAUGAGUGGAGGGCAGGAGAGAAGGCUGCUGUUGCCACUGCUGCUGUUCUCUGAGACUUUUGGGAUAUAGAGAGGAUGAUCUCUUCUUUCCCCACUGGGGCACCAUUUUUUAUUUUUUUAUUUUUGUGCACUGCAGCCCACAUUCUGGAGGAGUUUUUGUGGGAUCAGGAAGUUAGACAGAUGCACAGCGUGUUUUUUUUUUUUUUUUUUUUUUUAGCCUUUGGGACAGAUAGGCAUAUAUAUAUGGAAAAGAGACAAAAAAUGAGGAGGAGAGUUAAUGGAGGGUGUGGGCUGAGCAAGAACUCACAAAAUGGCUGCCUUCCCUGAAAGCCAGAGAGACUGUGUGAAUUUAUCAGCUGGACCAGGAAGAGGGAGAGAGAUUCUUACAUGGACUUCUCUGGAGAGACUUACAGCGAUCACCCAUUCACUCUACCACCCACAUGCUCACCCUCACAAACACACACAUUCACCCACAUGCACAGACACACUGUCUCACUGGUCAAUGUGAACUGUUUGGGUUUAAGUGUGGAUCACACCACUCAUACUCAUUCCCAGAUAUGUUUUUAAAUCACACCUCUCAGAUGUUACUUGAAGGUUUUAGGGGGAAAAAAAAACAGAUUCCCCUUUGUUGUAAACAUUUAUUGGUCUUGUUUUUGGUCAUAUCUGGUUUUAUUCUCCUGGUAUAGUCCUGAUAGAGGUUUUAUAUUCAUUUAGAGACAUUGUCAUACGUGGUGUUCAAAUACAAGUGACUCCACAGUGGCUAGGAGAGGCAAGAGCAUGAAAAACACUAUCUCUUUGUGAGAGGGUUCAAAAAUGACGUCAGGUCUGCCCAGUUGGAUUCUGGGAAGAGUGGAGGACUUUCAUAUUACAUAGUGCAGCACUUUUAACUCCCCUUUUAUUCUUUGGUACCUCCACUUUCCACAGCGGUCCACUGAGAGACACAGUUAUAUGUAGAGAUUGGAGAGCAGCUGUAUCCCGACAGAUUUAGUAGCGAGGGCUCGCCUCUAGAACCUGGGCUUUCCACAUAGGAAAGCUUUAGGGGCAAUAAGAAAUCCAGUUCGCCUUACUGCCAUUUUUUGCGCAUCAGGUGAAAUAGAGGCCUGAGAUCUAGUUGAGGUUAGCAUAGCUGGCUGAAAUGGUUCUAGGUACUGUAACGCUCACCCAUAGGGGUCCAGUGAUGAUGAAGGUUGCCCUAGGGGCCCAAACUCAGCGUGACCGGUGCUCUCCUAUUCUUGUUAUUAAAUAAAGCACAGGGACAUCUACUUACAUUGUGACUGCUUCUCAGUCUCCAUUAGCAUUUCCAUGUUGUAAGUUUUUGAUUUACUUCUUUCUUUUCUUUUUUCCUUUUACUAAAUAGAUGUACAUUUAAAAAAAAUGACAUUAAAAGAUGAAAAAUUAAAAAAAAACAAAAGCAGAAUUUAUUUAUGAUAGACACACAGAGCACAGGUGUAGUCAGGCGGCAUGGAGAAGAAGAAGAAGAAGAAGUAAUGUUAAUAUAUUAUGGUAUAAGUGCACAUUAUGCAAUUUAGGUUUUUGAUUAUUUCAUAACUCUUGACCCACUGAGUCCUGUAUUUUCAUGAGCUCGGUCCUGAGGAGGACGACCGGGAAGGCAGUGAGGGGAGUAGAGUUAUCAGACCCAAAAUAGCUCACAUUGGUGUACACAAGGGCAGAGUAGCUGUGUCUCACACACACUCAGUGUAGCAUCUCCCAAAGGAUAACUCCCAUGAACACCCAGUGCGCCCAAUUCUCCUCAUACAUAACCUUCAUAUUCCCUGUGCACGUUUGUGUGUAUGUAUGUAUGUGUUUGUGUGUGUGUUUGUGUGUGUGUGUGUGUGUGUGCGUGUCUGUGUGUGUGUGUGUGCAUUUCAGUGACUUCAUCUUCAUUUAUAUCUUUGGCUUAGGAUCCUUAUUGUGAUUUAGGCCUUUCCCCAAGCAUAUAUCAGCCCAUCGUAAACAUCCUCAUUUGUUCAUGAAGAACAUCAAAUUUCACCGAAAAGCCAAGCCUUGUAUGAUCUGAGGUUUGUGCCUCUGCGAGGCUACAAGAUCUGCAAAUAUGCAAUUCUUAUUUAUUUUUUUAAUCAAUUCUGAGAAAAAAAAAACACCUAUGGAAAGUGUUCUUAACCACUGAAAGAUGUAACAACAAACCAACAACACAAAUCUAGCAAAAUUCGUUACACAAGCCUGCUGUUAGAUUUUAUUUUCUGCAUUUUUUUGUAGUAUUAUUUUAACCUUUUCUGUUUUGACUAUGUGCCGUAGUACAAGGUAAACUGUGAAAAGUCAAACCAUUGAAAAGCAUAUGUAACACACCUAAACAGGUAUGAAGAAAAGGUAAAAAGAAAAAAAAAUCACACAGAGAUACAACAGAGAAAAUGGCUGUUUAGUUGCUGUCGGUGGCAGAAUAUGACAAUCUUAUUAGUUUUUUUGAAUCUGAUGUCCUUUUCUUAGCUGCCACUUGACUAAUGCUCUCCCAACAUUGACCGGGUUUGUUAUGACCUGUUCGGAAAUGUGGUAGCGAUGCUGUGAGAGCCUUAGCACACGGGCUAGGAGAAGCACCUCAGGCUACUGUAAAAUGCCUUGCUCGUAUGGUCAGCCCUUGGUCACUUGACUCAGUAAUUUUGCACCGUACUUCUGUAGGUAAGAAACUGUAAAUACAUUAAUGUUUGUAUUGUAUAUGGAUCCUGGGUUGUUACAAUAGCCUUAUUCACCUUUUUAGGAAAGUAAAUGGGGAAAAAAGAACAGAAAAAAUGGAAUACACUUCAGUAAAACAGAGCAUACUACUUUUUGGUAAAUAGCUUAUGUAAAUAUUGACCAGAACCCAAUAAAACAUUUUUUAUAAACUCUUAAAGUAAGAUGUUUUGUAUAAAAUUUGAAUUUUUUGCUAUGUAUUUUAGCUAGCGCUCGAUGGAAAGCCUGUGUCCUCCCCACUCCCUCCCCUUUUGCACUGUUUCCAUGGUAAUUUGGUUUAAAAAAAGAGAAAAGUUGCCAAACCGACUGCUGCAUAUUUGUGCCAUAACUGUGUACCAUAAAUAUUUAUUGAAUUAGUUUCUUUUUCUUUUUUCUUUUUUUUCGUUCUGUGUUCAGUUGUCCUUGAUUUUAUUUCAGCCCAGUUUGUGAGUAACGCAGUAUUAUAUUUGCAUUAUUUGUUUGUCUAGCCUUGGUUUUCUUUAGUUAUGUCAUGGUUACUGGAUGGCUGUAGCCCACUUCUCCCCUUUCCUUGCAGUAUGAGAUGGCCAGGCUGUGAAAAAAUGGUUUUAACAUUCAAAAAUUUAAAACAAGUUCAAAGUGAGGAUAAAUGACACACAUUCCACCAGUCUGUUACCAACUGAAAAUGUUUUUCAAUAAAAUGUUUUUCCUAUGGA